AUGAAUCCAGACUUCACAAACUCCGCUUCAGAAGCAAAUAAUCCGGCUUGGUUUUCAUUACCUAACAGCAUCAGUCAAUCUAGACUUCAGUUGGCAAAUAAGAUAAUGUCGCAGCAUAUAAGUGUACCACCCUUAUAUAGAAGUGCACCACCCUCACAUGGCAGUGUACCUCCUAUUAACAGCAGUGCACCACCCUCACAUGGCAGUGUGCCACCCUUAUACAGCAGUGCGCCACCCUCAUAUGGCAGUGUGCCACCCUUGUACAGCGGUGCGCCACGCUCAUAUGGCGUUGCGCCACAAACACCACUUGAUUUUAAUAGGGCUCUACCUGUCGCUCACACUCAGAGUACUGCCUCUAGCAAAAAUAGCACAUCUUCCAAUACAGAAAGCAGCCAGCAUAGAGCAUCAUCUAGAGAACAGACAUUUAUAGUUGGACCUGCUUUUAGCCUCGCUGACAGUCGUGAAGGUGGCAAUAAACUGCAGGCUCUGAAUGCAUCACCGACUACUUCUGAUAGCCACCUGCCUGCUCCUGUUAUUAGCAGGAUACAGUCAUUAAGUUCCGCUGACCCCAAGACUCAUUCAACUAGCAUUUCUAGUCCAGAAAAAGUUCUGUCCACUCAAGGGCCUCAGAUUUGUAUUGGGUCAGUAUUUAGUCUUGCAGAUAGUCACACUGAACAUGCAGGUCAACCUGAAACAGAAAAUAAAGCUAGCUACGUGGAAGUUGACAGUUCUGCAAGUCGACAGACAACACAAAACCCUCCUGUCUUACCAUAUGUUAAUCAGCAAAAUAUGCCUGUAUCGAGUAUAAAAGCACACAAUACAGUUUCCCAACAGAAUCUUACCACUUUGUUGAUUAAUAAACAGAACCAACAUCCGGAAAUUUGCUCAGCUUUGAAUAGCACAAUCAGCUCAAAGUCAGUGCUAGGUAUGAGUAAGACAGCAUUAGAUGCAGUCCCCCAGAGCAAGAGCAGCGUCUCUCUGGAACCUGGUUCAGCAACAGCUUUUUUGCUAUCAUUGUCCGAACAUUGUUCCUCUGCAUCUGCUGCACCUGAACAGCCUACCUCAGUGGGGACAAGUAUCAAGAAUGCACAGCCAUCGGAGAAUCACAAGAAUGGUAGCAUAGUGACAGGCAUUGAUGAGCAGAAAUGCACAGGUGUGCUCAGAAAUGACAAAAGUAAAGAGAAAUCAGUUUCGACAACUGAGCCUCAGGACAGUAGUUCAACUCCGCGGGUGAUUCCAUAUGUUAACAAACCCGAAGAGCCUGAAGUGGUUGAUUUAGAUACAGAAGAUAUUGAUGAUUGCAUGCUGGUGAAGAUAGACCUCAGCAGACAUCAUUUUCCUUACGGCAGCAAAAUUCAUAAUUCCGAAGUUGUAAUAGAGGACAGUGAUAAUGAGGAAGAUGUUACAGAACUGGCAAAAGAUACAAAUGCUGCUUUAUCUGGGAGAACAUCCAGUGCAGAGAGUGACAAGCAGAAAAGUGGUGCCGGCUCCAGUGUGGCCAUAAAUGAAAGUGAUCAGUAUGGACCAACUGGUUCUUUGAGCAUGGAAGUAGAAGAAAUAAUUACUGAAGCUAACAACAUGAGCAGCAGUGGUACAGAUACGACUUACACCAUGAGCUCCACAGGGGAGACUUGUGUAACAUCUGUGAUGAGCAGUAGAAACAACACUCAGACCAUGCCUGAAAGUAGCUGCUCCACAUGGCGUGCUUCAGAAACCCACAAUCCUGAGCCUGAACUAAUGGAUCUGCAUGUAGAAGAUGAUGAUGAUGCUGAUGUUGCCUCAACAGUUGAAUAUGUACCCUUACAAGCAACACCAUCACAACCAGAUAAUGAUUCAUCAACUCCAGUUAUACAGUCUGUGUAUUCCUCCAGCUCAUUUCUAGGUAACACUACAGAUCUCUCUGUCUUGGAGGCAGGCUACAGAAGUCCAUUUUUGGAGCCCACCCCUCAGGCCCAGAUAACUGGUAGUACAAAGAGGAGUCCAGCGACUACACGCUUUUACUUACCUCAGGCCCAGAUAACUGAGAGUACACAUAAUAGUCCAGCGAUUCCACCCUUUCACUCAUCUCAGGCCGAGAUAACUGGGCGUACACAGAAUAGUACAGCAAUCCCACACUUUCACUCAUCUCAGGCUCAGAUAACUGGGAAUACACAGAAGAAUACAGCGAUUCCACCCUUCGACUCAUCUCAGGCCGAAAUAACUGGGUGUAAACAGAAGAGUACAGCGUUUCCACACUUUCACUUAUCCCAGGCCCAGAUUACUGGGAGUACACAGAAAAGUACAGCGAUUCCACCCUUUCACUUACCUCAGGCUGUUGAGAAAGACCUAGCUUCAGUAUUGACAACCUUAGUGAGUAAAGUUCCUGCGGAACGCGCCCCUAUACCUGUGUCUAUGUCACAUAAUAUUCAGUUAAACAGUACCACUGAGGAAACUACCAACUCCAGCAGUUUACCUGAUGCCUCACGAAAAGGAAAUGCUGUAAAAUAUCCACUGAAACGUAAAAGGAAGGCAACAAAAAGCACCACACCAAAAAUUAAAAUACCUUCUCUUAUUAAACCACACAAGAAGCCAUCAUUCUUGAACACUGCAGUCUCUGAAAGCAGUACGUCAACUCAGCCAUUACAGACAGUAGCAGAGAAUUCUGUUCUGUGCAAACUUUGUUUCAUGACUUUCUCAUCACGAAUGGAACUAGUUACUCAUACAUGGAGCUGGCACAGAAGUACACCAAGUCCAGCAGCUAAUCCUAAAUGUGAUGAGUGUGGGAAAUGUUUUGCAAACAGUUCUUUGCUGAAACUGCAUAAGAAAGUUAAAUGUACAACUCCUAACGUGCCAAUUGUGAAUCCUGGCACCAUGCUUGUCCCAUUAGAUUCUUUAUUGGGCAAUUUAAUACGGCAGGGUGUUUUCAUGGGGCCACCUCAAACGCCCGCCAUCAGUACAGCAUUUUGGGGUCAAGUUCGGUCUGGACCCAGUACGGCCGGGGUCUUUUCAGAUGGCUCAGUGGAAAUCGCAAGAUAUUCUACACAUUUAAAUGUUUCAAGUCUGUCCGACAAUUGUCCUGGAGGAAAUGGAGGUAACAAAAACAUUUCAACAGGUGCAGCAACUGAAACAGAAACCAGUAUACACCCGGAUGUUGCUGCCGGUGGUUCUAGUGAACAACCGAUACAUGAAGAGUUAAUGCAAGAGGACAUUAAGCCAGUCAUCACAGCCACUGGUGAAAUACUGGAACAGUCUCAGGCACCAAAUCAUGAAACAGCAGGAAAGCUUCCAGGAAGCGAUGAUAGUCACAAAUGUACGAACUGUCACAUGCAGUUUUCAGAUGGUUUUCGGCUAUCGCUGCAUCAGGUUUCAGGAAGGUGUAAGGAUGCACGACAUGAUGAUGUGAGAUGUUUUGCUUGUGCAAAAACAUUCACCUCAAAUAUUUUCAGAUAUUUGCAUGUGCUGAACAACCCUGACUGUAAAGAUAAGGCUGAUAAAUACUGCGGCAAGUGCUCAAAAGUUUUUGACAGUUUUACAGAAAAACAGGAACAUUUGCGCAUGCAUGAACCUUGCAGGCGUUUUGAAGAAUGUCUCAUAAAGGAUGUUAUGAAGGACCCCCUUGCAAAAACUGUGGAUCAUGUUGCACAGAAUGUGACAGAGCCAGAAAGCCAGCCUUGUCCAGCUUCUAGUGUCUGUCGCACUUUAGAGCCAGAUACAAGAGCCACACCUGUACUAUCAAGCGAUAACAGCACGCAAAUAACAGACUUGCCCUCACCAAACUCAGUGUGUUGUCAGCUGUGUAAAGUAUUAUUACCCAAUGAGGACACUGUUAAGGAGCAUUUCCAGCUUAACCCAGCUUGCAAAACCCACAGUGAAAAACUUAAAGGUGAAGGAGCCAGUAAACAGAAGUCGCAGGUUAAAACAACGCCUGGUGCCAUGUGCCCAGCAUGCAAAAAGAAGUUCGCAACGAGUGCAGUUUUGAUCCUUCAUUUUAAUCAGAGCCCCAAAUGCAGAAUGAAACUUUGCUCUCCAUCAAAAGUUGCCAAAAAGAUAUCAGCGUCAGAUAGAAUAAUUAUGCCGAAGCCAGUUGCACCAUCAAAAUCUCCAAGAAAGUUGUCUAAAGGUAAUUUUACAAAAAACAGUACUCCUGCAGCUAUUAAUGCUUCAAGGAAUGUCUUUUGUGACAUCUCCAGCAUUGUCAGAUCAGUAAGAUGCAAAGUCUGUGAUGAGAAAUUUGCUUCUGAAAAAGAAUUGGCUAAGCAUCAUGUUGAACAGAAGAUAUGUAAAAAGCUGCUAGCAACAAACUUACCAAAGUUAAAAAGUCUCAGAAUUGUCCUCAGGCGUGUUUCUGUGAUGUGCAGGGUGUGCCACUUGCCUUUCACAGAUGACACCGUACUCGCAGAGCACCUUCGCUUGAACCAGCCUUGCCAGACAGGGACAGUAAAGAGAAUAGAGAAAGCAUUAGAUUUUAAAAAGUCACAGGUAGAUAGCGAUACAAGUAAGCGAGAUGGAAAAAAGAGAUCUUGUGAAAUUGGAACAGGUAUUAGCAACGUUACCAGCACUAUUUCAAUGACAACAACAAAGGAUGGAUCUAUAAAAUUAGCAGAACAAACAGCUGGAGCAAACAGUAUAAUUAACGAAAAACUGACUACUGUUUGUGAUGAAACAUUUUCAGAUGAUUCCAGUCCAAGGAAAAAGAAUGUUUUAGAUAAGGGCAGUGAAGAUGCCGACGAUAAAAGAGAGGCAGAGGACAACAGCACAGGUGAAUUAAUAAGUAGUUUGUCAUCGUCAGAUGAUGGCAGUGACAUGGAUGACAGUGGUAGUAGCAGCGAGGAGGGAGGUACAGACUAUACAUGUAAGCAGUGCAGCAAAACAUACACCUCUAAAUCUGAGCUUAUGAAGCACAACAAAUCACAUCAUUCAGGACUAAGCAAGAAGGCACAGUGUAAAGUCUGCACACGAAAGUUUCAUGAUGUGACCGGAUUGCAGGCUCAUCUGCUGCAGUUCAAAUUUUGUUUCAUACCUUUGACCAGACCUCUUUGGGAACAAAAACAGGGUCCUCACUCCUGCAUCAUGUGUAAAAAAGUUCUCAGCAGUCCUAAAGAUUUGCGAAAGCAUUGCUUUAAGAAAAUGGCAUGCCGAUUGCGCUACGUUAACAUGGUGCUGAAAAAUAUUAAAGAGAAAGAUAAUGCUAGUGUCCUGCCUGUUAAAGAAGCAGAGGUGUUGGUGUCAAAGACAGUACCAGAGAAGUGUGAAAGUCAGAGUGCUAAUGAGGUUUCAUCUUCAGUCCAAGAUCACUGCAAUCCUGUUGAAGUUGACUCAAGCAACUCAGAUGUGGAUGUGGAAGAUGUCACCAGUUGCAUUAAAAUCUCACAUGUUGUAUCAAAAGCAUUAACAGAAUGUUUAAAUUGCAGUGGUUUGUUUGAUGACUUCCAGGAGCAUCUGUUGAAACAGCAGUCAUGUCUGGAUUUCUUUGGCAUGCCUGGGAAUACAUGCCCAGUUCCACUGCAGUUUUGCUAUCAGUGCAAAACACACUUUGCUGAUGCUAGCAAGUUAAAAUUUCACCCCUGUAAGGGUUUUGUAGCAUACACUCAUUCUUGCCAAACAUGCGGUCUGAAAUUUACAAACGCACAUAACUUUCAUGCCCAUGUCCAGCAGAGUUUGACAUGUCAUAAAGCUAAUUCAUCUUCUACAGAGAAGAAUGGUGAUAGUGACCAUACAGUUAUCAGCUAUCAUACAGCAGUCCAGCAGGAUGGAGCUCCUGCUGCAUCUGCAGUUGAGAAUGUGCCUUCAACUUCACAUGAACAGUCUUUUCCUUGCCUAAUUUGUGAUGGCAGAUUUGCCACCCUGCGUUUGCUGAUGGAACAUAGCUACCAGCACGUUGAAGAAACACCCAUUGCAUGUGACAGAUGUAGCAUCACAUUUCUUCAUUACAACCAGUUCGUAUCCCACCAAGCAUUCCACAUUAGGAUGGAUAAAGAAGCCAACAGUUUGCUAGAGAGACCACCGCCAUCUAAAUUUUGGGCCUCUCCCAACAAAAAUACAAGUGUAAGAGCUCAGCACGAUGGCACAAGACAAAAUCAUGUUUCAACUUGCAUAUUCUGUUGCAAGGAGUUUGCAACUGUGAAAGAAAAAAUAGCCCACCUCAUUAAUGAUUAUGCUUGCUUGGCUGUACUCAGGUAUGUUGUUAAAAGCAAGCUGUUUACUCCUGACCAGAAAGUAACAGUUACCGACCCAAGCUUCUGUGAGUUCUGCAGUCGGAGCAGUUCUGAUAAGCUACAGCACUAUCUUACCUCAGCCUGUUUUGGUAGAUUGGAGGCAGCCAUUUUAAAAUACAGAUCCAGCCAGCAUCCUGCACAUCUUAAAGAAAUAGAUGUAGCUGUAAGUCAGACCAAGCAAAAUGAGGCUGGCACCCGCAAUAUCCAGUCGAAACACCAAGGAGAACAUUCCAGUGGCAAGGCAUCACCAUCAAGAGGCCCCACCAAUAGCGGAGGUAAGUUUUCAGAGGAGCCGUGUUGUCUUAGAUGUGGUCGGUGUUUCAGAACAGCAGAUGAGGUUAAAGAGCAUCAGACUUUGUUUGGUCACAAGAAUUUUCUGCCACAGAGUGUGAUAAAAAGUGCAGAUUGGCAAAUGCCUGGUCUGAAAUGCAAAAUCUGUAAUGUGAAUUACACCACGAGGCCUGGUCUGGUUCGGCAUAUGGUAAACAUCCACUCUAACGCACAUGGUCUAUCUCAGGAAGUAGGGAAUAUAUCAGAUGCAAGCUGUAGACUAUGCAACAAAAAAAUAACGCCUUCACAAAUGUCGGUUCACUUUGAAAACCACAGAAAGAAAUUUGUGAAAAAGAUCAGGGAAAAAUCUACUCAGUCCUUGCGUGCUUAUAGCCAGGAAACCUGUGUGUUUUGUAAGAAAGAAUUUUUCAGCAGGAAAUAUGUUAUCCUGCAUGUGAAACGACACACAUCUGUUGAUAUUUUCCCUCCACAAAGUAAAGCAAGCUCAGCUGAAACAAGUAAACAGUUUCCCGCGAACCAUAAGUCAAAACUUGUUGAGGAAAGUCAAAAGUUAGAGUCUGCUUGUAAGAGUACUGCCCCAUCGAACAUAGUUGGAGGCUGUAGCCUUUGUCAGAAGAAAGUUACACACAUCAAAUAUCACCGACUUCAUUUCACUAUGAGUCACAAGGAUCUUGGGCCAGAGAGGUGGAAGGAAUUCUUUCUGCCAGUAGCUGACCUCAAACAAGAAUGUUCACCCACAAAAAUUGUUGCCAAGGGUGGGAAGCUGAAGGGUGUUGUGCAGAAAUACGGAUGUGCUCUUUGUCAAAAAGUUUUUGUAUAUCGCAGGAGUUUUAUGACUCAUUUCGCGAGGUUACACACACACUUGCAUCCAGAAAGGUGGGAAGAGUUCUUCAAGAAAAUAGAACAGGUAACAGCUACAGAUGUCCACACUGUUGAUGCUGAAUUUCCCGAGAAGGAAAGUACUAAUGUUAAAAUACAAGGUAGGGGUUAUGUGAGUACUAAACUGAAAAGCUGUGGAAAGUCGCAAGAUUCAGAUUCUGGGGUUUCAAAUAAAUCAUUAAAAUUACAACAAAAAACAGUUAGUUGUAAAGUUUGCAGUAAAGAGUUUUCUGAACUUAGGUUUUUUAAAGUUCAUUUCAAAAAUGCACAUAAACAGUAUAAGUUACGUAACUGGGAAGAUGUGUACAGUGUAAUAGGAACUGAAUAUCUUAACUCUGCACAUACUGAAGCAACUGAACAAUUGAAACAUCCAAUGUCUGAAACAUUAAGACUGAAACAUACCAGUAGGGAUAGUGGAAGUACAAGUGAUGACUCUGCUGAUUUCCAAAGUGAGUUGCAGAUUGCCAGCAUUUCUUCAGUCACAAAGAAAACAGCAAAAUUAAGACCUGCAGGCAGUUGCAAGCGUUGCAAUAAAAAGUUUACAAACUAUACAAUGUUUAGGUUUCAUGCUAAAAAGUUUCAUUCCGUGUUUACCACAGAAGACCAGAAGCGUUUGUUUAAGGUUUUUGUGCCACCACAUCACGAGGACAACUCUGAGAACAGUGACAGUAAUGCCACUUUAACUUCUUCUUCACCUAAAAAAUUGAUGAAAUACACAACAAAAUCCAAGGGCUUUUCGGCAUUCAGCAGUUUCAGGAUAACCCUGAGAGUUUGUCGUGCAUGUCAAGCCACUUUCAGGGAUGCUUUUUCGUACCAGGAACACUUAAAGACACAUAUAAAGCCAUGCAAGAUCAAUCUUCAAGAGUUGCACUCUCAGUUAAUACCAAAUAUGCCUGGAAUGUCUAAAGAUCCUGGUGAUUUACAAGUAAAAAUGGGAGGUGAUGGUGUCCGCAGUCUGGCUAAAGACAUAAUAACCAUUGAUGAUGAAAGUCAAGAGGAAUGCUUAUAUCCAGACAGUACAACGUCAGAAGAUGCCUGCGUAGAUACAGCUGCAGAAUGUGACAGUUCUUUGAACUUUUCCACACAGAAUAAACGAAAAAAUAGUGUAAAUGGUUCUGAUUAUACAAAUGCAGGAAUACCACAAUCUAAAACUAUCUGUUCUGUUGUUAGUAAAUCGCACAUGGAUUUUGUAAUUGGCGCUAGUAAAUCUGUAAUUGCUACCAAUCAAUCUGUAGAUACUAGUAAAUCUGGAUCGAGUAUUGCUUCACAUCAAAGUGAUUGCAUGAUUAGAAAUGAAUCUGGCUCCCUGGAAAUGUUUUCUGAUAAUGAGAGUGAUGAUGUGCUAAUUGAAGGUACUAGUAAAUCUGUAAUUGAUAACAGUAAAUCUGCAAUUGAUGCUAAUAAAUCUGCAUCCAGUAUUCUUUCACGUCAACGUGAUUGCAUGGUUACAAGUGAACCUGGCACUUUAGAAAUGUUUUCUGAUGAUGAGAAUGAUGUGCCAAACAAAGACAGUGGUAGUUUGAAGGGGCCUGCAUUUGGAAAUUUUGUACACACAGUUGUGGAUUCUUUAUUUCAUGAUUGUUCAUCAGAUGAAGCUCGUGAAAAGUCGCAGGUUAGGGCUGUUACUCUGUUGGACAAAUGUUCCUCUGUCUCACAGCACAAGCAGGUGCCACCAGAUGGGGCAAACGUAGGUGUCAAGAGGAAGGCCCAAGAAGCUGGGUUUGAGGAGGAACAGUGUUCUGAAACAAAGAGAAGUAACUUGGCACGGGAGACAUUGUGUAAAGAUCAGACCACUAAUGAUUCAUCCUGUUUUUUAGAUGGUAAUAGUUGUGAAAUGAAUACAGUAAAUGAAGUACAUCCUGAGCAGAUUAUGGAGCCUCAGGGACAUGAAAUGAGUUGUGAAAGACUACAGUUAGCCUCAGUAGGUGUGGAGGAUGGGGAGACCAGUGUUGAGUCACCAAAUAUUUCAGAAAAUGUCUUCGAAAGGAGGGAAGUUAAUAAAAUUGAUUUUCGAGAGGAAGAGAAUCAGAUUUGUGAAAUUAAGAAUGUUGAUGAAGUUGAGUUUGAUCAGGUGCAAAAUGUAGAGAAUGAGAUUGUGAAAUUAGAAAAGUUGAUUUUUACCAGCUGCAAAAAGUUGAAAUGA